GUGUUAAGUUGCGGCAGGGCAGACAUAAAUAUAAAAGCUUCCCUUUCCUUCCGACCUGAAGGCGAGAGGAAAACCCUGACUCGCGGCAGAGGAAGAUCAGAUGGCGCAGUCUCUGGAGCUGUUGCUGAUUCAGUUCCUGAUGCCCGACAACGACGCUCGCCGUCAGGCCGAGGACCAAAUUAAGCGCCUCGCCAAGGACCCCCAGGUGGUUCCCGCCCUGGUUCAGCACAUGCGCACCGCCAAAACCCCCAACGUCCGCCAGCUCGCCGCCGUCCUCCUCCGCAAGAAGAUCACCGGCCACUGGGCCAAGCUCUCUCCCCAACUCAAACAGCUCGUUAAGCAGUCCCUCAUUGAAACCAUCACCAUGGAGCACAGUCCCCCUGUUAGGAAAGCCAGUGCCAACGUUGUCAGUAUCGUUGCCAAGUACGCCGUUCCCUCCGGCGAGUGGCCCGAUUUGUUGCCCUUUCUCUUCCAAUGCAGUCAGAGUUCGCAGGAUGACCAUCGCGAAGUGGCAUUAAUUCUCUUCAGUUCUUUAACCGAAACAAUUGGGAAUGCUUUCCGGCCGUAUUUUGCAAAUCUGCAAGCUCUUCUGCUCAAGUGCUUGCAGGAUGAGACCAGCAACCGGGUUAGAGUUGCUGCCCUCAAGGCCGUGGGAUCUUUUCUGGAAUUCACUCAUGACGAGGAUGAAGUGAUUAAGUUUCGUGAGUUCAUUCCAAGCAUCUUGAAUGUAUCGCGGCAGUGCCUUGCCUCAGGAGAAGAAGAUGUUGCCAUACUUGCUUUUGAAAUUUUUGAUGAGCUGAUAGAAUCUCCUGCACCUCUUCUUGGAGAUUCAGUGAAAUCUAUAGUGCAGUUCUCCCUUGAGGUUUGCUCAAGUCAAAAUUUAGAGUCUAACACACGUCAUCAGGCAAUUCAAAUCAUUUCAUGGCUGGCAAAGUACAAGUCCAGCACUUUGAAAAAGCAUAAGUUGAUCAUACCUAUUCUACAAGUUUUAUGCCCUUUGCUUGCCGAAUCAACUAAUGAAACUGAAGAUGAUGAUCUUGCACCGGAUCGGGCAGCUGCAGAAGUUAUUGAUACCAUGGCUUUGAACAUCCCAAAGCAUGUUUUCCAACCAGUUUUUGAAUUUGCUUCUGUAAGCUGUCAAAAUGCAAACCCGAAGUUUCGGGAAGCAUCUGUUACUGCUUUGGGUGUCAUUUCAGAAGGUUGUUUGGAACUCAUGAAAAGUAAGCUAGAACCUGUUCUCCAUAUUGUCCUGGGAGCUCUGAGGGACCCAGAACAAAUGGUCAGAGGGGCAGCUUCCUUUGCUUUGGGUCAAUUUGCUGAGCACUUACAGCCUGAAAUUGUAUCCCAUUAUGAGAGUGUUCUUCCCUGCAUUUUAAAUGCUCUUGAGGAUGUAUAUGAUGAAGUAAAGGAGAAGUCAUACUAUGCGUUGGCUGCUUUUUGCGAGAACAUGGGUGAAGACAUCCUUCCUUUCUUAGAUCCUUUGAUGGGAAGACUGUUGACAGCUCUCCAAAAUAGUUCCCAAGUCUUGCAGGAAACAUGCAUGUCUGCCAUUGGUUCUAUAGCUUCUGCUGCAGAGCAAGCAUUCAUUCCUUAUGCCGAAAGGGUUUUAGAGUUGAUGAAAAGUUUCAUGGUGUUAACUAAUGACGAGGAUCUUCGUUCCCGUGCAAGAGCAACUGAACUAGUUGGAAUUGUUGCAAUGUCUGUAGGGAUAGCGAGAAUGGAACCAAUAUUUCCUCCUUACAUAGAAGCUGCAAUUUCUGGAUUUGGGCUGGAGUUUAGUGAGCUUCGGGAGUACACCCAUGGAUUCUUCAGCAAUGUUGCUGAGAUUUUGGAUGCCAGUUUUGCAAAGUAUCUUCCUCGUGUUGUGCCUCUUGCAUUUUCUUCCUGCAAUCUUGAUGAUGGCUCUGCGGUUGACAUUGAUGAGUGCGACGAUGAAAUCGCUAAUGGAUUUGGAGGAGUUUCAUCAGAUGAUGAAGCUCACGAUGAACCAAGAGUUCGAAAUAUAAGUAUUAGAACUGGUGUGUUGGAUGAAAAGGCAGCUGCAACCCAGGCCCUUGGCCUGUUUGCACAGCACACAAAGACUUUUUAUGCACCCUACUUGGACGAGACACUAAGAAUCUUGGUUAAACACUCCAGUUAUUUUCAUGAAGAUGUUAGACUUCAGGCUAUCAUUUCUUUAAAACAUACUUUAACUGCGGCCAAUGCAAUCUUCCAAAGUCAAAAUGAAGGGGCUGCUAAAGCAAAAGAACUUCUCGAUACUGUGAUGAAUAUUUACAUCAAGACUAUGGUUGAAGAUGAUGACAAGGAAGUGGUUGCUCAAGCUUGCACUAGUGUGGCUGACAUCAUUAGAGAUUAUGGUUAUGCAACUCUUGAGCCUUACUUGUCCCAGCUUGUUGAUGCAACUUCAUUGUUGCUUCGGGAGCAAUCUGCCUGUCAGCAGAUAGAGUCAGACAGUGAAAUUGAUGAUGUUGACAGUGCACAUGAUGAAGUGCUUAUGGAUGCAGUUUCAGAUCUUCUCCCUGCAUUUGCAAAGUCCAUGGGUGCUCAAUUUGCUCCCAUUUUUGCACAGCUAUUUGAACCUCUAAUGAAAUUUGCUAAAUCUUCUCGUCCUCCUCAAGAUAGGACUAUGGUAGUUGCCUGCCUAGCUGAAGUUGCUCAGAACAUGGGUUCUCCUAUUGCAAGCUAUGUUGAUAGGGUGAUGCCCUUGGUACUUAAAGAACUAGCAUCAUCUGAGGCAACUAAUAGAAGGAAUGCUGCAUUUUGUGUGGGAGAGUUGUGCAAAAAUGGUCAUGAACAAGCUUUGAAAUACUAUGACAAUAUAUUACGUGGACUUCAUCCCUUGUUUGGUGAGUCUGAGCCUGAUGAUGCAGUGAGAGAUAAUGCCGCUGGUGCCGUGGCAAGGAUGAUCAUGGUACACCCUGAAUCUAUCCCAUUAAACCAGGUUCUUCCUGUUUUCUUGAGAGUUCUUCCAUUAAAAGAAGACCACGAGGAGUCUAUGGCUGUCUAUAGUUGUGUCUUCUCUCUUGUAUUCUCAUCCAAUCCCCAGAUCCUCUCCCUAGUCCCUGAAUUAGUUAAUCUUUUUGCUCAAGUGGUGGUAUCACCUGUGGAGACGCCUGAAGUUAAAGCUGUAGUAGGCAGAGCUUUUUCUCAUCUAAUUUCAUUAUAUGGGCAACAAAUGCAACCUCUUCUGAGCAAUCUCCCACCUGCACAUGCAAACGCAUUAUCUGCAUUUGCUCAACGGAGUUGAUCGUGCAAACAAUGAGCAAAUCGAUAAUUUUAUGCAAUUUUUUACUUGUUUUACUUAUCAAGUAUGUUUUUGAAGAAAUGUCUUGUUACACAGUUUUAAGUGGAGCUGUUCGGGUCGGGCAGAAGUUCAUUGCCUUUACCAGGAUGCUGAUGCUUCUCAGAGCCUUCUCGUUUUUUUUUGGGAGACACGUUUCCCCCCAUUUUUUAAUUAAUUAUUUCUUGUGUUAUUCUUUAGUUUUUAAAGUAUAUUAAUUUUCCUUUCUUCCAUAUUAUGAAAUUUUGUUUGGUGUGUUUUCACACUGGGAUGGAGGGGUGAGAGUUGUGUCGUGUUGAGGUUUAUGUACUGAGAAUCUAUAGGUUCUUCAAAAGUUAUUUGUCAUAUAUUCUACAGUUCUGUGAAAUGCUAGUUGUUUUUAUUUUCAAACAUCAUCCACUGUAAUUGACUGGUUUUUGGGUCAAACACCAUAACUUAUUGAAUAGUAUUGGAUCUUCCGAAAGCCCUCGAACUUGAGGGGAGGUUGCUUUAUCCGUUAA